CCCUCAGCUUUACACGAUGGUUUUUCGUUUCUGACACAACUACCUAGCAAUCCUGUGUAUGGCUUUUUACAGUUCAAAACCCCCGAUGAUAAUGGUCAAACCAAACGCGAAUGUGAUCGAAAAUCAAUAGACGAUGAUGCAGCAUCCGCGUUCAACUCCGGUGGUCCAGAAAUUGCUCCAGGGGAUAACAUGCCCGCCACAUUGUUUAACAGUCCAGACACAUGCUGUGAUCUGCUCCAAGUUCUCCAGAAACCACACAGUGAUCAGAAUUAUAGCCUGGAUACUCAAACUGCACUAGUUACCAUCCUAGUUGGUUCGCGGGAUGCGGUCCCAGAAGACACUAUUGUGCCUCGUGAAUUACUCACGGUGCUGCAGAAAGCAGGUGUUCGUAUUGAGCUAAUGCGCGAUUUCGUACAGCGCUGGAGAAAGUCUCGGCGUUCUUCUCAUCCCACCGGACAUUAUGAUGACGCACCUGGUUAG